CAUUAACAAGUUUGUGUGCGCUCGCGCCUGUAAAGUGUCUCCAGGAGUAGACUUUUCUAAGUAUUUCGACUUUGUUGUGAAAUAAAAAACGUGGCAGCUACUGAAGAAGACGAUUAACAUGCUAAAGAAAGUAGCCAUGACAGUAUGUGUAAAGAAACCGCGGUUGGAAGCGGAAGAAGUGCGCGAAAUAUAUAUUAUUAGCUGCUGCUCGUCGUCACUCGUAUCAGUCUUUAUUGCUCUUCUGAACAACCUGGAGUUAUUGUCACUGGAACAUGAACUGAAAGACACACUGGAUUAUGUUGAAAUAAUUUCCAUGCUCAACUCCUAACCAUGCCACCUGGGCUGUUGGCUGUUAGCAUCCCCACCACAGACUGUCAGCAGGCGGAUCCAGGUGAUUACGAGAGUAUUAAUGGAGAGGAGGCCCUUAGUUGGGCACCACACCAACCAGUUCUCUGCAACCCUGAUACUACUCCUCCAAACCUCGUCCAUCUCCUCCUCAUCCAACACUGCAGCUCUUCUCCGCUAUGACUGCGCUGUGGCUCCACACUGCAUCUCUGCUGGUCUUACUGAUCAUGUCGUGCCCAGACUCCCAAGCCAUUGCCUCACAGCAUCUGUGUGGCCCUCACCUCGUUAAGGCCCUUCACCUGGUCUGUGGGGAGAGAGGUUUUCUCUACAUGCCCAGGACAGGCAACAACCCCAUGCUGCGUUUCCUACCUCCAAUGGCAGGCAGAGCAUCAUCAAUGGGUAAUGAGAAUAAAGUCACCAAGCGGGACCAAAUGGAGAUGGUGGUGAAGCGAAGCAUUGUGGAGCAGUGCUGUCACAGGUCCUGCAGCCUCUUUGACCUGGAGAACUACUGCUUCUGAACAGCCAGCUCUGGCACCACAGCACUUAGCUCUGUUUUUGUUUGCUAGCUUAGCUCCUUGGCUAAAUGUAGGCACAGUCUC